UUAUGCUAUGCGAUUUACAAACAUAUGUAUAUAAACAAUAACUUUACUUUAUGAAUUGUGAAAAUUACAAAUAGAAAUAAAUUGUGGUAAAAAUGGGAAAGUGUGCUCUCUGCUUUAAAAGAGUGCAACGCGGAACGGGACCUUUUUUCCAGGUUCCAUCCCAGGAGUCUAUACGGUUGCUAUGGGGCCAAAAAUGCGGGAUUCAGUUUAAAGUAAGAGAUGUUGUCUGUGUGGAUCAUUUUUCGCGUUCGGAUAUGAUAUGCGGAGCGAAGAGAUCAACCUUGCUGCCAAAGGCCAUACCAAUUCCCCCAUCGCAAUGCGCCACCAGCUCCAACUGGACACCAUCUGAUAAUCGUAAAUUAUUCACGGAAUCAUGUUAUGCCGAGUUAGAGUCGGAUAUUUCUACUUCAAGUUCCCAAUCCCCAGAGAUACUGGAUUCAGGAAUUUCCUCACAGGCAAGCUCAUCGUCUUUUUUAACUGAUGGAACCGACAAGCUCGUCAAAGGUUGCCAAAUGUUAAUAGACUCAUAUCUUUCUUUAACUGCUGUAACUAAAAAAAACGCCAAAGAUUGCCACACGCAAACAGAACCUACUAUUAGGGAGGCCCCCAUGGAGAAGGAAAUCUUUGACCUGAAGAGAGAGGUAAAAAAAAUUGAAGGCGGAAAACAGGGACUUGGCUCAUCAGUUGAAUAUAGCGAAUGCUGUGCAAAAUAAUUUUAGACAAAUCUUUACAGAAAAUCAAAUACGUAAAAUGAUUUUUCCAGAUCGAUCUGUGAAAUGGUCAUGGGAAGACAUUUCCAGCGCAAUAUGUUUACACGCAGCAGGGCCAGCGGCAUAUACACAUUUGUAUGACAAAGGGUAUCCGCUACCCCAUGUAUCUACCCUUCAGCGUUGGUAUCACAAAAACGAUCUAGUGGAAGGACUUCUCACUCCGCCAAACGACCUUCGUGACCUAGAAAUGCCUGAAAUAUGCGACGAAGAAAAAACCUCCCUGAUUCCUUAUUUCUCGGACCAAAAAUACUCGUAACUAAAACUUGAAAAACAUGCUUACAUCUUUUUACACUACCUUGUAUAUGUGUAAAUUUUAUGACUUUGAUAGUAGGUUAUUAGGGCAUAUCAUAUUAAAAGUGUACGCUACGAUUGUAA